UCUCUGCAGCAGCAGUUGGAGGUGAUUAACGGCCAUGAUGAGCUGCUGGCUGACAUAGUCAACCUGUGUGUUGAUUACUAUGAGAACAGGAUGUACCUGACCCCCAACGAGAAACACAUGCUGCUCAAGGUGAUGGGGUUUGGUCUGUACCUGAUGGAUGGCAGUAACAGCAACAUCUACAAAAUGGACGCCAAGAAGAGGAUCAACCUGAUCAAGAUUGACAAGUUCUUCAAGCAACUGCAGGUGGUGCCUCUGUUUGGUGACAUGCAGAUUGAGCUGUCCAGGUACAUCAAGACCAGCGCACACUUUGAAGAGAACAAGAACAGGUGGUCAUGUACCUCAACAGGCAGCAGUCCUCAGUAUAAUAUCUGUGAGCAGAUGGUUCAGAUCAGGGAAGACCACAUGAGGUUCAUCUCUGAGCUGGCUCGCUACAGUAACAGUGAGUUAGUUCCAGUCAUUGGCAGCAGAGACCUGGAAGGAAAGACAACCAAAAGAAGGAUUGGCUUUGGGGAUGACCAGUGAGAUAUACCUGCUGGAGAGCGUGCUACGAGUGGGUGCUGCUAUGGUGACCAGUGAGAUAUACCUGCUGGAGAGCGUGCUACGAGUGGGUGCUGCUAUGGUGACCAGUGAGAUAUACCUGCUGGAGAGCGUGCUGCAGUGGGUGCUGCUCUGGUGGCCAGUGAGCUGAGAUAAGGCGGGCCUUUACCUUGCAGAGACUUGUAGUUGACCUGGAGCCAGUGGGUUUGGCGACGAGUAUGAAGCGAGGGCCAGCCAACGAGAGCAUACAGGUCGCAGUGGUGGGUAGUAUAUG